AGGUUUUUUUUUCCCUCUUCCUCGCUCCUCUCUCGUUCCACUGGCGCAACACUGCACACUGUGUUCAACGCUGUGCGUUCGAACGAAUCGAAAGGAAAGAAUCUUUUUCUUUCUCUUCACAGCCAACAUUACAAAGCGAAGUGAGCGAAUACGCAUCUAACGAACUGGCAAUGAACAAUGAUGUGGACAUCUACGAACGCGACAUCGUCGGCUACGGCGGGCAGCCGCCCGAGGUGCACUGGCCAAACGAGGCGAACAUCGCCAUCAACUUCGUCGUCAACUACGAAGCCGGGUCCGAGCGCACCGUGUUGAACGACGACGCGUGCUCGGAGCGCUUCCUUUCUGACAUGGUCGGCACCGCCUCCAUUCCCGGCGCACGCUGCGCGCAGAUUGAAAGCAUGUACGAGUACGGCUCUCGAGCCGGUUUCUGGCGCCUGCGCGACGCCUUCGCAGAAGCAAAGCUGCCGGUGACCAUCUUCGGUGUUGCACGCGCCUUGGAGCUCAACCCGGCGGUCGUCGCCGCCAUGCAGGAGCAGCAGUGGGAGAUAGCGACGCAUGGCUAUCGCUGGCUGGACUUUCAAGAUGUGCCAAUGGAAGACGAGCAGGAGCAGUUGAAGAAAGCGAUUGACAUUCACACCCGCGUCACGGGCAAACGCCCUGUGGGAUACUACAUUGGUCGAACGAGCCCCAACUCCGCGCGCAUCUGCGCCCUCGAGGGCGGCUUUCUCUACGACGCCGACAGCUACGCGGACGACCUGCCCUACUACACUCAGCCGCUGCGCAAGUACAACGGUGACGAGGGCUGCCAGCUGGUGGUGCCGUACUCGUUGGAUGUGAACGACAUGAAGUACGUCGCCUACAACGGAUUUACGGAGUCGCAGCAGUUUUUUCAGUACUUGAAGGAUCAGUUCGACGUACUGUACGACGAGGGGGCGCGUGGGAGGCCGAAGAUGAUGUCGGUUGGCCUGCACUGCCGUGUCGCGGGCAAGCCAGCACGUGCGGCCGGUCUGCGCCGCUUUCUGGCGUACAUUCAAACCAAGGAGAAGGUGUGGGUGGCGACGCGGCAGGCCAUCGCGGAGCACUGGCUGGCCCACCACCCGCCGCCGCAGCCUACCUUCUACCAACGCACCCAUGGAUCGAACUAG